CCUUCUAGUUCCGGGCGCGGCGCCUCCUGCUGGCGCACGCGGCGUGCGUGGCCUUUGCCUAAGCGAAAGUGGCCGGUUGGCUGUCACGGCGGCCCUCGGUUGGCCCUUUCCUGCUUUAUAGCGUGCAAACCUUGCCGCUCUGGGGCCAAGGGACAUGUUGGAGCUGUUGAUCUGUUGCGCAAUUGUUAUUUUCCCCAGGGCAGCUUUGUCUUUGGAUUUAGCGUUUCAGAGUGGCCAUUUCAAAAUGUGUAAGAUGGGAUAUUCUGUUCUGUGCUGUCAAGGGACAUGGAUUUGAUUGACAUACUUUGGAGGCAAGACAUAGAUCUUGGGGUAAGGCGAGAAGUAUUUGAUUUCAGUCAGCGACGGAAGGAGUAUGAGCUGGAAAAACAGAAAAAACUUGAAAAAGAAAGACAAGAACAACUCCAAAAGGAGCAAGAGAAAGCCUUUUUUGCUCAGUUACAACUAGAUGAAGAAACAGGUGAAUUCCUACCAAUUCAGACAGCCCAGCACAUCCAGUCAGAAACCAGUGGAUCUGCCAACUAUUCCCAGGUUGCCCACAUUCCCAAACCAGAUGCUUUGUACUUUGAUGACUGCAUGCAGCUUUUGGCAGAGACAUUCCCAUUUGUAGAUGACAAUGAGGUUUCUUCAGCUACAUUUCAAUCACUUGUUCCUGAUAUUCCCAGCCACAUCGAGAGUCCAGUCUUUGUUGCUUCUAAUCAGACUCAGUCACCUGAAAUGCCUGUUGCUCCCAUAGCCACUGAUAUAGACAAUAUGCAGCAAGACAUUGAGCAAGUUUGGGAGGAACUAUUAUCCAUUCCAGAAUUACAGUGUCUUAACAUUGAAAAUGACAAGCUGGUUGAGACUCCCAUCGUUCCAAGUCCAGAAGCCAAACUGACAGAAAUUGACAACAAUUAUCAUUUUUAUUCAUCUAUCCCCUCACUGGACAAAGAUGUAGAUAAUUGCAGUCCACAUUUUCUGAAUGAUUUUGAGGAUUCCUUCAGCAGCAUCCUCUCCACAGAAGACCCCAGUCAGUUGACAGUGAACUCAUUAAAUUCAAAUGCCACAGUAAACACAGAUUUUGGUGAUGAAUUUUAUUCUGCUUUCAUAGCAGAGCCCAGUAUCAGCAACAGUAUGCCUUCAUCUGCUACUUUAAGCCAUUCACUCUCUGAACUUCUAAGUGGGCCCAUUGACCUUUCUGAUCUGUCACUCUGUAAGGCUUUCAACCAAAACCACCCUGAAAGCACAGCAGAAUUCAAUGAUUCCGACUCUGGCAUUUCACUGAACAAAAGUCCCAGUAUGGCAUCACCAGAACACUCAGUGGAAUCAUCUAUCUAUGGAGACACACCACUUAGCUUCAGUGAUUCUGAAAUGGAAGAGCUAGAUAGUGCCCCUGGAAGUGUCAAACAGAAUGGUUCUAAAACACAGCCAGUACAUUCUUCUGGGGAUACAGGGCAGCCCCUGUCACCAUCUUGGCACGGUGCUUCAGCGCAUGAUGCCCAGUGUGAAAAUACACCAAAGAAAGAAUUGCCUGUAAGCCCUGGUCAUCGGAAAACCCCAUGCACAAAGGAUAAACAUUCAAGCCGCUUGGAGGCUCAUCUCACAAGAGAUGAGCUUAGGGCAAAAGCUCUCCAGAUCCCAUUCCCUGUAGAAAAAAUCAUUAACCUUCCUGUUGAUGACUUCAAUGAAAUGAUGUCCAAAGAGCAGUUCAAUGAAGCUCAACUUGCAUUAAUUCGAGAUAUACGUAGGAGGGGUAAGAAUAAAGUGGCUGCUCAGAAUUGCAGAAAAAGAAAACUGGAAAACAUAGUAGAACUAGAGCAAGAUUUAGAUCAUUUAAAAGAUGAAAAAGAAAAAUUGCUCAAAGAAAAAGGAGAAAAUGACAAAAGCCUCCAUCUACUGAAAAAACAACUCAGCACCUUAUACCUGGAAGUCUUCAGCAUGCUGCGUGAUGAAGAUGGAAAACCUUAUUCUCCUAGUGAAUAUUCCCUGCAGCAAACACGAGAUGGCAAUGUAUUUCUUGUUCCCAAAAGUAAGAAGCCAGACGUUAAAAAAAACUAGAUUUGGGAGGAUUUGAUUUUUUCUGAGCUAGUGUCUUUUGUACUGUUAUAACUAAGAGCUCCUACUGUGAUGUGAAAUGCAGAAUUAUCAUACUUUAUAAGUAAUUCUAUGCAAAAUUAUAGCCAAAACUAGUAUAGAAAAUAAUAUGAAAUUUUAAAAAGCAUUAAGCUAUCAGUAUGUUGAAUCAGUAGUUUCACUUUAACUGUAAACUUAAUUUCUUAGGACACCAUUUGGGCUAGUUUCUAUCUAAGUGUAAAUACGAUAAAAACUUUUUAUUUAUACUAUUCUUAUCUCAUUUGUUACAUUCAUAGAAUUUAUAUGAUGAUAUGACAUCUGGCUAAAAGCAAAUUGUUGCAAAACUAACCACUAUGUACUUUUUUAUAAAUACUGUAUGAACAAAAAAUGACAUUUUUUUAUAUUAAAUUGUUUAGCUCUGGCAAAAAAAAAAAAAUUAAGAGCUGGUACUAAUAAAGGAAUAUCAUGACUG